UUAAAAUUAUUGAAAGAAUACUUUGUAUAUGUGUUGGAUGUUGCGUUAUAAUGCCAAUAGUUGCAUAAAUUACCGAGCUAGUGAAACUCUUAAAAACGUUUUAAAUAUAUUUUACACUAUAAUCUCGAUAGGUUAGAAAGAGGUUAGAUUCUGUAGAGACAUGCAGUAGAUGGCUUUACGGAUUAUGUUAGAUGAGAAUAAGGAAAUGGUAAUUAGAAACAGUGGUAUUCACGUUAAGGUAUCUUCAGGCAUAGCUACUACAAGUGAAGUGAAGUUAUAACUGAUGCAGAAAAGUACAGUAGUAACUGGUUAUUAAAAUAAAGUGUCUAUUUUGAGUUUGUAAUAAAUUUUCGAACAUGAUUUCAUCAGGCCGUACCCUUUCUGCUUUUAGCAGGUGCCAUACACACUUCAUAACUGAAAUGAUUUACAAACCUAAUAGGUGUCAACAAUAUAAAAAAGUAUUGCCAACUACAUAUAUUGCAUUGUCUCUGGCUUCAACAACACAUCUUUCUGAUAUGCUAGGCACAGAAAACUACAAGAGUAAUAAUUUGAAAUGUCAUGAAAGUAAUAACAAUAAAAACCAUAAAGGAAAAGUAUCUUUUAAUCAGCCACAAAUUGAUGCCAAAACACACUUAGAAGCAGAAAUGAACUUCUCUCAGAGUGACCCAGAUAUAUUUGGAGACCUUAAAUGCAAUAAAGAAACACCAAUUGAAGCCAUCGAAGGUGAUGAAGAAGAUAAAGAAGAAGAAAUAUACUUAGAACAUGCCCCUACAGGAACACAAAAACUGAGCACCAGACAGUAUGCAACUAUUAUCAAAGAUUUUAUCACCGAGAAGAAGGUAGCAGAUGCUAUUGAUGUGCUUGAAACACGAAUGCUUAAACAGGAUCGUGUUAAACCAGAAAAUUUCAUCUACAAUCUUAUCAUUGGAGAGUGUGGUCGCUUAGGCUACACAAAAAAAGCAUUUCAGUUGUAUAAUCAGAUGAAAAAACGAGCCCUUAAAGUAACUGGCGCUACCUACACUGGACUAUUUAAUGCGUGUGCUAACAGCCCAUGGCCUAAUGAUGGUCUUAAACGUGCAAAACAUUUACGUGAGCUGAUGUUUGAGAAGCGUUAUGAACCAAAUGCUGCUAAUUACCAUGCCAUGAUUAAAGCAUUUGGAAGAUGUGGAGAUCUAUCAACUGCAUUCACUCUAGUGGAUGAGAUGGCAGAGAAGAAGGUUGUUAUUUCAGACGAAACUUUCAAUUUCUUGUUGCAGGCUUGUAUUACAGACAAAGAAGCAGGCUUCAGGCACACUUUAUUGGUAUGGAGAAAAAUGUUAGAAAAAAGAGUAAAGCCGAACCUCUUUACAUACAAUCUCUUGCUUCGAUCAAUAAGGGACUGUGGCUUUGGGGAUAUUGAUGUUGCUCAGGAUGUGUUUCAUAGGAUCACUGAGGAAAACAGCAGGCAGGAAUAUAAGACACUGAAGCCAUCAAAUUCAUGACCAGAAAAUGUAAUAGAAGAGGCUUCAGUAUAUGAAGUUCCUCCAGUUACUGAGAACCGUCCAAAUCUUCUAGGAGCUCGACCUCACUUUGGAAAUAUAAUUGCACUGUCAGAAGUUACAGAGCCUGAGGACAGAUUAAUUGUUGUGGGUGGUUGUUCUGGAUUCCUUGAACAAAUGAAUAAAGAUGGAGUGAAACCAGACAUAAAAACCUUCACCCAACUUCUGGACAUCAUCCCAUCUACUAAAGCAGCAGAACAGGCCCUGCUGUCAGCCAUGGCGAAAGCCGAUGUCUGUCCAGAUAUAGAUUUUUAUAACAUGUUAAUAAAGAAACGAAGCAUGAGGUUUGACUAUAAGAAUGCAUAUGAAGUUCUUAAGCUGAUUCAAAGAUCCAAACUGCACCCUGACAUUGUUACAUUUGGAGUCUUGGCUUUAGGCUGUCAAACUGAAGAGGAGGCACAGUGUUUGAUGGAAGACAUGAGAAAUACAGGUUUCAGGAUGAAUGCAGAAAUUUUGGGUGCGAUGCUGAGGCAAGGCUGUUGUCAUUAUAAUUUUGAAUAUAUAAUGGCUAUAAUGGCGACGGCAAUAAGCGAGAAAGUCCGCCCAAAUGAAAAGUUCCUGGAACAUUUGGAAAACUUCCACAAAGAAUGUCUGCAGAAGAUAAGGAAGAAGGAUACUGAACUGCCACAAAUGCGUAAAACUGCUGGUAGCAAUUACUUCAAGAAAAAUUUUCAAAUCUUUUGUACUCGAUACACAUCAUGGUUGAAAGAAAUUGUUCCUGAGAAAAUGGGCCAUCCUUGGGAGCAGUUUCAGAAAAAACCACAAACUGACAAGAGCACAGAAAAAAAUAACAAGAAGAUCCAAAGGCAGAGCAGAAUAAGAAACAACUGAAUCUCUUUUCUUUGUGUUUACUAAAUGUACAUCACUUCUGAAAAGUGAUAUGCCGUAAUGGUAGUAACAUGCUGUCUUGAAAGUAUUAUGCAAGUAAGAGAUUCAAAGGACAUUUGCUGAAGUGCAAUAUAUGGAUGAAAAACAUCAGUAAAAAUUAUAAAAUCAUUUUUUAGUACUAGGACAAACUACAUUUAUUUCUAACUAAACAGGUAUUUACUGGCAUAACUUUGUGACCAGAAAUGAAGAACAAAACAGUUUCAUUUUUAACUAUCAAUGAUAGCUGAGAACAAUGAUAUGAAACUAGAAGACUAUAUGGCCCAACUACCCAGAUCAUAACAUAACUCACAUCACUCUAAGAACCUCAGAUCCUACAAUUAUACUUCACUUUCCUUCUCCUUAACCUUGAUCAUACUGGAAUAUGGUAUUUAGAUCCCAUUUACCCUUUAGCUACUGCAGGAUGAUAUAUUCAGUUUAAUUAGAUUCACUACUACUACUGUAACAAUAACAGGCACUCACGCCCACUACGAGCCUUGGCCUUACUGCAGAAUUAUCUGUUGGCUUUCCAAAGACUCAGAUUAUCACAAAGUAGCACAACACAGAAAAAUGUGGACACACAUCAGUGACUUGAAUGGGAUUUGAGCCCAUGAUCUGUGUUCAAGCAGUCACUAUGACCAGCUUAUAAUUAAAUCCAAGAUGAGCAAACAUCCCCCCUCACCACCCCUCAAUGUCCUCUAAUUUAACAGAUGUGCAUCACAGAAACUGGCCUUCUGCAAGUGUUAAUGUGAAUUCUGUUGGGAUGUACAUCGUCUUAUCUUUCCCAAUCAUGUCUCAAGAUACUUGUCAUGGUAAGAAUACUACUUCUUCCUCAUAACUGUAAUCAUUAUGACUUGAAGAUGAAUGGACUUUCUCCCUCAAGAUGAUCACAAAUGUGUUGAAAUUUCAAUAAUUUUUUAAAUCACCGUCAGCAGUGAAUACUUUCUUUUCCUCUUCUUGACUGUCUUGUAGAUACUAUGGAUCCUUUUAAAUAAUUCUGAUAUUUUCUAUGUAAGUAAGUUUUCACUCAUUUAGUCUUUACAUCUGAAGUACAGAAAACCUUCUUCCAAAAAUUCAUAUUUAAAUGUGUUAGUUCCAGCUCAAUUAUCUAGUAUUAAAAUUUCCUUCCAUUUAGUGUUCAGGGUUCAAAUAAGCUGCCCAAAACAGAAAUAUAUGUAAAGUUCAUUGUAUUGUAUUAAAUUACAAUAGUAUUUUCCAAAAGAUCAUACAUUAGUGAAAAAAUUGAACAUGUUAUGUAACCAAAAAAUCAAGGUAUACUCUGAGGAGAACAUCUGAUGUGAGAAUUACUUAUAUGGGUUUUACUAAAUAAUAUGUACCCAUCAAUUAUAGUACAUUAAAGAAAAUGUAUUUCCUU